GAAUCCCUGUACAGCUUAACCAACCAACCCAAGUGAAUUUCCCUGUGCUGUUGAUCUGGAUUCUUCCAUUCCACUUGAACGGAAACCAUGUCUUCUAUUCUCAGCUUAAACUCUCAAUCUGUUAUCUUAGCCACUGCCAUGGUGGUUUCAAGCACUGUUCUGUUUCUUGCUUUUUCUAAGCAUAAGACUUCCAGGAAUCAAGAGUCGCAAUCUCCUGUUCAAAAUCUACGCUCUUGCUUAUGUUCAGAGGGGAAGAAAAGGGACAGCAAGAAGAAGAAGAAGAAGAAAAGAGUGAAAUUUGCAGAGAAUGUGAAGGAUACGAAAGGGAACGGAGAAGAAUACAGAAGGGAGAAGAAGAAGGAGAAUUCAAUUACAAGAAGUGAUAGAAUCUGCAGAAACGAAAUCCCACCCAAUAGAAUUGCUCUCUACAAUGGAAUUUUGAGGGAUCGAUUACACAGAAUGGAAUGUUCAUGUUAAGCUAAUAAUUUUCAUUUUUUUU